CGGCGGGCGAAAUUCAAAAUUUUGAAGCCGUUUGCAUAGGUUGUUAGUGACUGAGAGAAGAUAGUGACAGAUACACCCGGCGCUGUUCCCUCCGGCAGACAUGGACCCGUUCACUGAGAAAUUACUUGAAAGAACGAGAGCCAGAAGAGAGAAUCUUCAGAAGAAAAUGGCCGAUAGGCCAACAGCUGGUGGACGGCCUGUAGCUGUAACCAAAAGAACAAGAGAACCGCUUGCAGAGACAAAUCGUCAGCCCCCAGCAGUGGCUGAAGAAGCUAAACCAUGCUCCAAGCCAUCACCAUCAAAGAGACGCUGUUCUGAUAAUGUUGAAACGCAAAAAUCAGAAGUAGAAAAUAAAGAGCCCAAAAGCCCAGAAAGAACCAAUAAUGAGAUUCCCUCACACACGCAAGUAAGAACCACAUCUCCUCCGAGCUCCACUAUUCUCUUGAAAAUAGAAGAGCCAAGCUCAAUCCCUGAGGACCCGAACAGUGGAGCUUCAGUGAAGUCCCGUAUGCAGAGGUUGGCACAACAGAGGCGCUACUGGGAAUGUGAUGAUAGUCCUCCAGAAUCGCCAGCCUUGAAUCCACCAAAAGAAAUGAUCCCCUCCCCUCCAAAGCCGCAGACUCCUGCUGCCAAUCUUGAGACUCCUUCAGGCCGACGAGGUCGUUUUGCAAACCUUGCUGCAACCAUUGGUUCCUGGGAAGAUGACCUAAGUCAUCCAUGUGUUAAACCAAACAAUGCACAAGAAAAGCCUGGUACUGCUUGUUUAUCAAAAGUGUCCACUGCCAGUUCAGCAUCUGCCAGCCUCAAUAGUCCCAGUGUGAGGCAGGAAGCCGCUCCGAAUGGCUCUGUGAGUAAAGUCUCCAGGACAUUGGAGAAUAAACCUGCAGCUGCAAAAUUCUCGAGUUCCACUGUUGUUUCCACAACGGCCACAGAAAAAUCUAACUUAUUGGAGGAUAAGCCAGCAAGCAUCAUUCCUUCCAAGCUGGAAGCGAAGGACUUACUCCCGGCUCAGACAGUACAAACAUUGUCAACCAAAAUAUCUACACCACCAAAAAUAGAGAGGCCACCCUCAAGGGUAUUCUCAAGUCAGCCGGCAGUCAACAAAGAGGAGGCCAGUAGAGCAGCACCCGCACAACCAAAGGAUAAGAUCUCUACACCAGGAGGGCCCGGAAUUAAAUCCUUCCUAGAGCGCUUUGGUGAGAAGUGUCAAGAACGUAGUCCUGCACCUACAAAUUUUGCCACCAAGUCUGCUGUGUUGACUCCAAAUACAAAGAGCCUCCAAGAAAGACUGCUGAAGCAAACUGAUGUCUCCAGUACUGCCAGCUUAGCACAGCAGCAGAAACAGGAACGUGAGAAAGAACUUGCAGCUCUUCGUAGCAGGUUUGAUAAAGGCAGAGUGUGGAAUGCAGACAAGGAAGAUACGACUAAAACGAAACAGCAGGCGACACAACGGGAAACUCGGGUUCAUCCUGCAACAUCUAGCAAACCACCCAAGCCAGAUGUAAUUUCCCAUCCCUCAGUUGGGAGACUCCCAGGCACAGUACAACCUAAAAUGGCUGAGCGUCUUUACAGUCAUGGCAAAACUCUACAGCCAUCUCCUGCAUCCACCAAGAAAGCGGAACAUGUAGAAGGGCAAGUUAAUGGAAAAACAUCUGAAGCCGUGGAUGAGGUUGAAAUGAGUGUUGAUAAUAUAGAUGAGAUGAACAGUUCGGAAGUGAUCACUAACAUAUUUAGUGAUGCCCUUGAUGAUGAGGAUGAUGAAAAUGUUGAUGAAAGUUCAUCAAAGCAAGUGGAAAAAGUCUGUGAUAAGGAAAGUGAUGAAGAAAGAGAUGACGACUAUGAAGAUGGAGAAGGUGCUCUCAACAUUUCCUCAAUGUCUUUGCUCACUCCUUUAGCAGAGACUGUUGGCGUUGGAAGUCCAGAAGCCCUGCUCUCAAAAUCCAGCAUAACAGCAGACAGCAAUGUGUGUGACAGCCCAAAAUCUGUAACGUUCCAAUAUGCAGAAUCCCAGGAGAACGUUCUGUCUGAAGAGGAAAAUCAAAAUCUUCUUUAUAGCAUUGACGCGUACAGGUCACAAAGAUUCAAGGAGUCGGAUCGUCCAGUGGUUCAAAAGAUUGUCCGUAAAGAAGAUGUUUCUUCUCGAACGGAGGAUAAAAGACAUGCAUCUCCACGAGCGUUUAACGUCAAGCAAAAAAUGAAGAUGCUGAAUAAUGAGAUCAGCCUGCAACAAACCGUGAUUCAUCAAGCCAGCCAGGCCCUGAAUUGCUGCAUAGAUGAAGAGCAUGGUAAAGGAUCCCAAACAGAAGCAGAGGCUGAGCGUUUGCUGCUGGUAGCUACUGAAAAAAGAGCUGCAUUGCUUGCUGAGAUGAAUAGACUGAAGAGUGAGGGACCUCAGAAGAAACCCAAUUCCCACGUCAAUGAUAGCACACCAUCAAGGGGCCUUGUAUCUGUUUCAGAAAUAUUCCUCCCUCUUAAAACAGAUUUUGUCUGCAGCACCUCUCAAAGACCAGAGUCUGCAAAUUACUACUUUUUCAUAAUUAUCAGAGCAGGAGCAGAAAACAUGGUGGCCACUCCUCUGUCUAGUAUUUCCAGUUCAAUGAAAGGGGACGCGUUAGCCUUCCCAACUAUAUUUAGUCUUGAAGAUGUCUCUAAUAACUUUGCAGUCUACAUAGAUGUCUACAGCUUGGCACAAAGAAAAGAAGUUCCCUCCACUGAUAAGAGGAAAAAGGCAGUGAAGUCAAAGGCAAUUACUCCAAAGAGGCUUUUGACUUCAAUCACUAAGAGCAACAUUCAUACACCAGCUUUAUCUAGCCCAGGAGGGCCAAGUGCUGUCCGUACCAGUAACUUUGUUCUUGUUGGGAGCCAUAAGCUUUCUUUAGCUUCAGUUGGAAGCAACAAAUUUCUUUUAGAUAAGGUUCCAUUUUUGUCUCCUUUAGAAGGUCACAUUUGUCUAAAACUUAAAUGCCAAGUAAAUUCAUCUGUGGAAGAAAGAGGCUUCUUGACUAUGUUUGAAGAUGUAAGUGGCUUUGGGGCCUGGCAUCGGCGUUGGUGUGUGUUGUCUGGCUACUGCAUUUCAUACUGGACAUACCCAGAUGAUGAAAGAAGAAAGAAUCCUAUUGGAAGACUAAAUCUUGCAAACUGCACAAGCAAAAAAAUAGAGCCAGCCAAUCGGGAGUUCUGUGCAAGGCCCAAUACUUUUGAAUUGAUUACAGUCCGUCCACAAAGAGAGGGCGAUAGAGAAACACUGGUCAGCCAAUGCAGAGAUACACUCUGUGUCACUAAGAACUGGCUGUCGGCAGACACUAAGGAUGAGCGGAACCUUUGGAUGCAAAAAGUAAACCAAGUUGUUUUGGAUCUGCGCAUGUGGCAGCCAGAUGCCUGUUAUAGGCCAGCUACCAAGGCUUAGAAAUGGUGGGAGUUUACUAAAGUGCCAUUCAUUGUACAGCACGUUCCUUUUCCCGUGUCUUCUACUUUACUGCAGGCGUAUUAUACACAUAUAUAUGUGAAGUCACUGGCUGCAAAGAAAAUGUAUUUAUUCUUUUUCAUUGACCUCAUUGAUUUACACUUGACCACUUUUUGAUAGGAGAACCCAUGCGUAGGGGGUGGUUAUACAAUGCGAUUGCUUUAGCUUAUGUUCUUAGAUCUGUUUUUAGUCUUUUUUUAUUGGAUUGGGUUGGUAAUGGGAUUGUGCCUUUUGGGAGAGCUUUAACUUUCUGCUAUAUUAUGUGCAAUAUAAAACCCAGUGUUGGGACCUCGAUGAUGAGCACAGUUUUAAUAUAAAUGUUUGCUUUCAAUAUUGCAAAACUGCUGUCCUCUUUAUAAAAGUGGGUCACGCCACGUUGCGCUGGUUUUUAACCCUUGUAAACACUCGCCUUGCUCUCUAUGACCCAACGUUUUGUUUCUUAAGAUGGAAGCCUUGCCUUUUUCCUUUACAACAUAUUUUUCUGAUACGUGGUACUUGAUUCCAUCUGCAUCUAUCUAAUUGUAACCAAACUGAUUGUGUUGUGCUGUGCUAAUAUGUUGUAUGGAUUAUUUGCCAUCUAUAGGGCUUGGGGACAUCCGCUAACAAAUGCCAGAGUUGAUUUUAAGGU